UUUGUUACAAAACGUCAUAGCUCUGUUCUUCUCAAAGGUCAAUGUGGAUUUAACUCGGAUGAUCUAAACCUGAUUAGAAAAACAAAUUGGAUUUUUAAAAAAAAAUUUGAUGAAACACAAUGGAUGAAUUUCUAUUAGAUCUGUCCAAUACUGGAUGUGAAAGUUGAUGGAAAAUAGCAUAGAUCUAUAAUUAUGUAUAUUGUUUUUGGAUAAAUAUUCUGAGAAAUGUGGUGUAGUUUAUAAUCUUACAUUCUCACACUUCAGUAUUCAGUAAGAGAAACUAGUCAAUGAUUUUGGUGUGUGCUAUUUUUUUCUGAAGAAGUCAUGGAGUUCUUUCAAUGAAGACAACCCAAAGACACAAAGAUGGCUUACAUUCUGCAGCCCAGCCUGGUAGAGAAGAAAUCUCUGUCGCCCAAAGCUGAUUUCGCCAAAAACAACCGGAAGUUGGAGUUUUUCAAAAACCUGGACUCUCUAUUAGACGAGGAGACGUGUCUGAACUCCGAUGACCUCACGCGCUCCUCCGCACGUCACGAGAGAAAUGACGUCACGAAAACGUCGCACAGCGCCAGCCUUUACUACGGGGAUUUCGACUAUUACAGAGACGGCCGAACGCGAUCUUUGUCCCGUAUCAGCGAAGCCAGUCACACCAGCGGGGAGCAUGACUUCUGGGGGGACCCCCUCCACCCCAACCCCCCACCGCCUCAAAUUCUCGACUUUUCGGAUUUCCACCCAGCCACCAAACCCACCCACCCCGAGGAGAAAUGUAUCCCAGAGGCCUUCAUCAACCAGAAUUUUCUAGCCACACCUUCGGAUAAACAAGAGCUGACGUUCACCGCCAUCUCCCCACCCGUCAACCCCCACCUCACGGCCCCCACCCUGGGGGACGCCGCGACGCCAUCGCUGACCAAACUCGCCGCCAACAACAGCAGCAGCUGCAACAACCUGGCCGUGGUGAUGGUGCCAGAACUCGUGACCCUGAACUUCAAGUCGGAGUCGACCCCCGAGCUGGCCGACAUCGCCAAGACAAAUUCCAGCAAAGACUUACAUCCAGACGCCGAGCAGAAGUUUCUUCAGUCUGGGAACACAGCCUCCCUCCCGCCCUCAACUAACGAUAUAUCAAAGCUUAACAACAAAAAUGACGCCAAGAGAUCCAACCUAAAGCAAGAGAUCCAACCUAAAGAAAAAAAUCAUCGACCCCUCAUCGCUGACGUCAUUCAGCCUUGA